AUGGCGAGACAGCCCUGGGUGUUACAGAUCCGAAAUGCUAGGAACCAUGCCGAACAAAUCAGUGCUCUGAGAGCUCUCAAGAAUGACCUCGUGGGCCAUCCUUUAAAGAAGCAAGAAGCUGUAGCGCUGGGAAUACUAGAACCGGUGGUGCGUCUGACGUCGAAUAAUCUGGGCAGCAGGCCCGAUGGCAAAUCGCAUGACCACAGCUUUGCAUCCAAGCCUCUUAAUGAGGAAGAGGUGGUUAGGCUGCAAGGGCUGCAGGUCGUGGCUAGCAUUGCACUCGGAGGCCCUUCCUUUCUCCUCUAUCUCCACUCGGCGUCUGUUUUGCCGGCCGUACUUUCGAACCUGUGCCCCUCGAACAACCCGUCACAGCUCGUCUUAGCCUCUCUCCGUGCUCUAUCAAACCUUGCAGAUUCUGCUGCACUGGCUCCCAAUUCGCAUCCCUUAAACACGGGCGCCAUCGCGGAUGGACUUUUUGCUCGCCAAUAUCUCCCCACCAUAUGUCGUAUAUUAUCGCAAUCCUCGGCUUCUUCGGCGGUCCAAUGCCAAAUAUCAAUUACCGCCUCCUUGAUCGGUAGAAUCUGCCGGGAGGAGCGCCAUCAACAAGCUCUAGCAAGCUCAGGAGUUCUAGAUGCGCUUGCUACCGAGUUGUCUCGGUUUGUUGCUGCCGAUGGUCUUGUUAUACCUGGCGCAGACAUCUUAGCACAGAGAGACGGUCUUCAAGAGUACUUUCCAACUGUUUCACACCAAAAUAUAGAGCUUGGGGUAAUACUCGAGGCAAUCUCAGUCAUUAUCGCCAAUUCCAAGUUUAGGUCGUCGCAGCUCUUGUAUUCUCCGUCGAUCUUGGCUAUCUUUCCGAUCUCCCAGCCUACUGAGUUUGCUGCAUGUCAGAGUGCGCGCGCCGUUUGGAAUGCGUUCAACGUAGCUGGUCUGAACGUUCGCCAAAGCCAGUUAAACGCCAUCGACUACCUUCUACCUUUUGUUCCUCUCCAUCAGCUAAAGAGUCCAAGUGCCCAAGCAUCUGCAUUUCCUCCGCUAGGUGCACCUGGUCCAAGGGAGCCAUUAGGACUGGCUGGACGCUCUGUCUCGAGUAGAUACAAUGGCACCUCCCUCCCAAGUUGGAGCGAUUCUCCCGGACCCGGUUCGGAAUUACCAACUCAACCCGUCCCCGAUGCGGAUUUAGAGGAGCCCGAAAACCCUUUGAUUGCCUACCUUAUAUUUACUCUCAGAUACAGAAGCGACAUGGAGCGAUUGAUGGCCGCAUCUGUUCUGACGAUCCUUUAUCGAGCCGGCCUAACGAGCAAGACACGGGAAACCACCAUUGGCCUACUAGUAGUACCUCUUCUCGUACAAAUGCUCGAUGACAAUUUCAAUUUGCAAACCGGCAAGGACAGUUUUGCAGACGAGGAGGCCCAACGUAUUGACUGGGCGAUUAAAGAGCGCGCUCCCGCAGUCCUUGCAAUGUUAAUCACUGACAGCGAAUACCUCCAAAAGGCUGCCUUUGAUGCUGGAGUGGUUGGCAAGCUCACGAAGAUACUGAAGAUUGCGUAUGAUCCUGUUACUGAAGCUUUCCGUCCCCACACAUGGUCACCGCAUGACAGCGAUGAAUUGAAUUCCGAAUUUCAAACUGCCAAGCUGGGCAAUCAGGGGGAGCCGCCGUUGCUUGUUCACAAAGUCAAGGUCAGGGAGAGCACACUGAAGGCUAUAGCUGCGCUCGUUCCCUUCAAAGAUGAAUACCGGAAAGCAAUAGUAGAUCAAGGUACGAUCCCUUAUAUUGUCGAGUCGAUGAAUUCGAAUCCUGGGAAACCAUCCCCCAAAGCUACCGACAAGUCCGAUAAAACUCCCAAUGGCUCUAGCGAGAAUGAGACCAAGCAGGGAUACGGGGUUAAUGGUGUGGAUGUGCUUAUUGCUGCAUGCGGGGCUAUCCGUGCGCUAUCUCGAUCUGUGGGGAUCUUGAGGACCACACUAAUCGACAAUGGCGUUGCGAUGCCUGUCUUCCGCCUUCUCCAACAUCCCGACAUCGAGGUCCAAAUUGCAGCUACUGCGACGGUCUGCAAUUUAGUGACCGAUGUGAGUCCUAUGCGCGAUUCGAUCGCGGAAGCCGGAGUUCUCAAAAUCCUUUGUGAGCAUGCCCAUUCUAUGAAUGCCAAGCUACGCCUCAAUGCUCUUUGGGCCUUGAAACACUUUGUCCACUCUGUGAGCAACGAUGUGAAGAGAUUAUGUUUAGAGGAGCUCGGACAGGGUUGGCUUGUACAGCUCAUUUGCGACGACACCGAAGACGAAGCACUUCUGUCCUCGAGAAGCAAUGGAGAGGAACGCCCAACUUCGGGACUACACGAUGAAGCUAAUGAAGAUGUUGAGAUGGACCAGUUUGAAGACCCUGUUGGCUCUACAUUAGGCGCAUCUUUUGGCCGAUCUACGAACUCUCGACCGAGCAGUAGUAGGAGCAAGUCCCUUCAGCAAGCCGAACUAAGACUUGCAGCUCUAAGGGAAGCAGAAACAAAUCCUGCAAGAAAAGCCAGGAAGGACGAUAUUGCUGUACAAGAGCAGGGUCUCGAUUUUAUACGGAAUCUCAUAGGAGGAGCUGGCCAAGGCGGUACUGCGGAGACCACAGAAAUGAUUGACUUCCUCUUCAACGCCUUAGGCCAAGACAGGGUAUUUGAGAUCCUAGCAUCCAAACUCAGACCAAAAGUCAUCAACCCAUUUGGUCGGCGAAACCCAGCGGCACCCGAGACUCGGGUUCAGCCUCCACAUCCAGAAAUUAUCGCGGCUGUGGGCUACAUCCUCGUGCACAUGGCAGCAAGCAUUCCCCGCCAUCGACAACUAGUCAUUGCCCAGACCGACCUGUUACAGCUCCUCGUCCCCCAAUUCAACCACACCACCAUCGAAGUCCGGCUCGCUCUAUGCUGGCUUGUUACGAAUCUUACAUGGAUGGACGACGCGAGUGAUGCCCAAGCUUGUGCGCAACGGGCGAACCAGUUGAAGGAGCUCGGUUUCCUUGCUAAGCUGGAGAAGCUAGAGCAAGAUCCCGAGUUGAAUGUUAGGGAGCGAGCUAAAUCCGCCUUGUGGCAGAUGAAACAGGGUACAUAA